CUUCUUGGAUCUCAACGAAUACGCACUACGCCAUAUCAUCCUUGUGCCAAUGGCAUGAUUGAACGGUGGCAUCGUUCGCUGAAGACUGCUUUGAUGUGUCACAAUACUAAUAGCUGGAUGGAAGUGUUACCAAUUGUGCUGCUUGGUCUUCGAUCAAGUUUACGUGAGGAUGUAAACGCUAGUCCUGCUGAACUUGUUUAUGGAACUUCUUUAAAGCUUCCUUGUGAUUUUUUUAAUAACACUAGUGAUUUGUCUCCUUCAGAUGACUUUGUCAAGCAACUGAAAUCUUCAAUGAACUCGUUGCGUCCAAUUGAAGUUAAACAUAAAUCAAAUCGUUCUGUUUUCGUCCACAAAGAUCUUGCUUCAUGCACUCACGUAUACGUGCGUCAGGAUUCUAUUAAAAAAUCUCUUCAACCACCAUAUGAUGGUCCUUAUCUGGUUCUGAGCAGAAAUGACAAAGUUUUCAACAUCAAAAUAAAUGAUUCCACCAAAUCAAUAUCAAUCGAUCGACUCAAGCCAGCAUUUAUGUUCAACACUGAUAUUUGUGAAGACCCUCGUUCAGUUCCUGUUACAGUAUACCCCAAUUUUGGAAGUCGCAUUCCACGUCAUGUACGCUUUAGAUCGAGACUUCAACAUUAG